CGGGUCAUCGACGUGACUGAAAGAUCUGGACGUGAUUUCGGGCGUCAUGGCGCAUGGGGUGCUUCGCCCUCGAACGCCCUGCUGCAAAACAUCAGGAGCUGAGCAAGUCAAUCGCACACUGUGGCAGAAGUGCGCAGUGGGCCAAAGCACUGCAACUUCUUUAUGCUGCAGAUCACUGUUGGCUGCAGCCAAACCACAUCAACUACUCUGCGGCCAUCAAUGCGUGUGCACAUGGUGGCCAGUGGGAGCAGGCUCUGGCACUGCUGCAGUCAAUGCACAGGAGGCAGCUGGAAAGGAACCUUAUCACUUACAGCGUCACCAUCAGUGCUUGCGAGAAAGGUGGAGCGUGGAGCGAAGCCAUGCAGCUGCUGGCUGAAGUGGAUCGGAGCCACCAAAAUGCGGACACCAUCAUCCUGAAUUCUGCAAUCAGCGCAUGUGAGAAGGGAGGUGCUUGGACCCAAGCCUUCAUUCUGCUGAAAGAGCUUCACGAGCGGAAGCUGCUCAUGGAUGUGAUCACUUUCAAUGCCACGAUCAGCGCCUGUGAGAAAGGGGGUCAAUGGCAGUUGGCCCUUGAAAUACUGCAGGAAGCUUUGCAAACCGUGCAGGCCAGCAUCAUUACCUUCAAUGCGGCACUCAGUGCUUGUGGGAAAGGUCAGCAGUGGCAGAUCUCUUGGGCUUUGCUGCAAGCAGCUCAGGAGAGCCACUUGGAAGCCAGCAUUGUCAGCUUCAGCGCUGCAAUUGCAGCGUGUGAAGCAGGAGGGCAAUGGGUGGGUGCAUUAGCGCUCUUGCACGAGCUGCGCAAUCAGAGGCUGCAGGCAAAUGUAGUUACGUGGAAUUCAGCCAUCAGUGCGUGCAGCAUCUCCGGGCAGUGGGAGCUGAGCCUGCACCUGUUGAAGCUCAUGCAGCGUGAUGAUCUCACAGCGGAUGUCUACAGCUACACUUCAGCCAUUGCUGCUUUUGGGGAAGUCGAUGAGCUUUGGGAGUCUAAGUGGCAACUGGCUUUGAGCCUAUUCAAGGAGCUUUGUUACACUCAGCGGCCCAGCAUUGUGAGCUUUGGCGCAGUGAUCAGUGCCUGUGAAAGAGGAGCGCAGUGGCAGAUUGCCUUGCGACUUUUGCAGGAAUUGCAGUCCAACCACCUCCAAUGCAGCAGUAUGGUGUGCAACGCUGCAUUGAGCGCAUGCGAGAAAGGCAGCCAGUGGCCAGAUGUGUUGCACUUGAUCUCGAACAUGCUUGGGCAACAACUUCAGGCAGAUGUGAUUACCUACAGCGCCGCAAUAAGCUCGUGCCAAAAGAGCCAAAAGUGGGGCAAAACACUGCAGCUCUUUCAGGAACUAUGCAGGGCCAACCUGCACCCGAACUCCAUCACCUUCUCUGCUGCCAUUUCUGCUUGCGAGAAGGGUCUUCAAUUUCAACAAGCUUCACGUCUUUAUAGAGAGAUGGAGCUCUAUGCUGUGGAGAAACCACUGCAAACCGGAUGAAUCAGAAUCUUCCGCAGAGACUGCUUGUAAGCGGUCAGACUCUGACACGGACAGUGUGAUGGAGCAUGCGUGUAAGUUUACAGGAACCGCUGUUGAAGCAGGAUUGCUUUGACUGGCCCGGAGCAUGUCUAGCAAGCUUCGGUUGACAUGGACUUUUCAAGUUACAUGAGCUGGACCCAGAUGUUUGGGAGCAUUCACUCCUGCCCAUUACUCUCCAUGAGUAAGUUGCAUCCUUUCUGACAAAGCUCAAGAAGAUGGUGAAGCAUGCUGUGUGGCGACGUGCCACGCACGGGUCUUCAUCGCGCUGAUCAAGGGUCAAAAGUUUCAAGGUCAAUGUGGAAAAUUCCAUGUGCCGAAAGAAUCGCCAAGGUUGGAAGAGAAGACAGCAUCAUUCUGCGUGGCUUUGGGGUGAAAAGGCUGUUGGGCAGGCCUACGAUCAGAGAUCUGAGAGGAUAUGGCCACGCAACAAAAGAGAUAUGAUUCAAGAGCCUCGCUCAGCAUGGUUGGCUGUUUAAGACUUGACAUCCAGAGUGCUUUGUGAGCAUUUGCAUAUAGUCAAUAUAGUCAGAUGCAUGCUGUAGGAUAUAUUAUAUAUAUAUAUGGCCACCCGAGCCACGGCACAG